AUGUUUGACCAGCGUCUAACCUCUUUCUUGUUCUUCUCCUUUCCGAAUUGCAGGAUGAGCACGGAGCGGCUGUCUGUCCAGGAAGUCGAGUCGAGUACUGAAGUCUUGCGUACUGACCUGGAUCUUCUGCUUCCACUUGCUGCUGCUGCUGCUGCGUCUAGUUUGGGCGAUGGAGACACGGAGUUAAUUGGGGAUUUGGGACGGAGGCAGAAGACGGCUCCUUAUGAGCGACUCACUAUAGUAGCUGCUGCUGAGGCCGAUGAGACCACGAUCCAGUUCAUGUUACUCAUGCAUUUCGGGUGUGACUGCGUGCGUCGUGUCCUUUAG